AUGCUCUCGCCGGGCUUGUCUGCCACCACCUCUGAUAUCUUCCGCGUGCACCACUCCACCCUCCACCAUGUGUACAACUUGAAGCACAACCUGCCACGAUAUGCCCAUCUUCUACUGCCCGAGAUAUUGUUGGAGAGAGUCGACCCACAGCUUGAAAGGUGCGGUGAUGGUGGUGGUAAACUCGUCAAUCUUGAAGAGGUUGUCGACGUAUUCCGAGUUCUAGCAAACGUUAGGAAGACUUCUGAUAGCGAACCUGUGCAGAUCUUACUUCAUGUAGCAGAUGAUGUCGACUCCAUCAGCAUGACGAUCAUGAUGUCAGAUAUCAGGAUCUCCAAACGUCAGAUCAUCUCUCGCUCCGAAGCUGCUCGUAUCACCGUGCGUUAA